UUUACACUUCAUUCAACAUUUUGGUUCAAAAUAUCCUAAUCACUAAACACUGAUUCAUACGUUCUAAUUUAUGAUUGAUAGAAUUAUUAAAUUGAAUGGUAGUGUGACAACUAUAUUUGAAUCAUCAGAAAAGUUGAUUAUCAUCAUCAUCAUCAUCAACCUUCAUCGAUUAAAUUUAUCAUUUUAUCAGAUGAACAGCAUUGCAACCAUUAUCAUUCGCACUUACGACUUGAUCGCAACAACAACAUCAUUUACAGUGAAUAAACAAAUUAUUAUUCCAUCAUCAACAUCAUUAUUGUGUUUAUUGUCUAAAAAUUUGAAUUCUAUCAACAAUAUUCAAACAAGAAAAAUGUCUGGUGACAGCGAUUGGAAAUCAAAGGAAACUAUCUAUGAUUUUUCUGCUAAAGACAUCGAUGGUAAUGAUGUAUCGAUGGAAAAAUACAAAGGUCAUCCAUUGUUGGUAGUUAAUGUGGCCACACAUUGUGGAUUAACUAAAGCGAAUUAUAAGCAACUGAAUGAAUUGUAUGAUCAAUUCGAAGAGAAAGGCCUUAAAAUUGCCGCAUUUCCAUGCAAUCAAUUCGGUGGACAAGAACCUGGAUGCGAUGUGGAGAUUAAAGAAUUCAUCAAAAAGAAUGGUGUAAGAUUUGAUAUGUUUGCAAAGAUUGAUGUCAAUGGCGAUUCAGCUCAUCCAAUGUACAAGUGGUUGAAAGCUAAACAACAUGGAUUUCUUGGAUUCGAUGGCAUUAAAUGGAAUUUUACUAAAUUUUUGGUCAACAAAGAAGGUCGUGCCAUUAAACGUUAUGCGCCAACAGUUGAGCCGAAAAAUAUUGAACCUGAUAUUGUUAACAUACUCUAAUCUGUUUCAUAAUAUUUUGAUCUUUCGAUGAUUAUUUCUUAGUUAUUAAUGUUUUCGUUUAUUUUCAUCGAUAUUAUUGUUGAGUAAUCCAGUCAGUAAAAAUAACUUUUCAUUCAAA